AUGUCCACCACGACCCUCACCGAAGCUCCCGACUUCACUCCAACCCUUCAACCCUCUCCGAUGAAGAGGCCCCUCCAUGAAGCGUACAUACCCGCUCUCACUCAACAAUGCCACGCCUCCAAUCUUCUACUUUUACCAAAUGGCGACCUCCUCUGCGCCUGGUUCGGAGGCAGCAUCGAGGGCCGACCCGACAUCUGCAUCUACAUGUCCCGCAUACCAUUCGGGCAACAAACCUGGACAGGCGCAGUGAAAAUAACCCACGAUCACACCCGCAGUGAACAGAAUCCCGUCCUCUUUCGCGUUCCCUCCACCGGCGAUAUUCGUCUCCUGUACACAUCGCAAAACGCGGGCAAUCAAGAUUCAGCGAUCGUCAAGCAAUUGACCUCCUCAGAUAACGGUUCAACCUGGUCCGACCCGGCAGUGCUAUUCGGAGAUGCAGGCACCUUUAUCCGACAACCUGUCAUCGUCUUGGACGAUGGUAAGUGGGUGGUCCCCACCUUCAAAUGCCGCACGGGGCCAGGCGAACGGUGGCUGGGAAGCGACGAUAUCUCAUGUAUCCGCAUAUCCAAGGAUGAAGGAAGGACUUGGACGGAGAGGGAUAUACCAAACAGCUACGGCUGCGUGCAUAUGAACAUCAAGCGACUGAAAAGUGGCAACUACCUGGGACUAUACCGAAGUCGCUGGGCGGAUCACGUCUACCUGUCGACUUCCCCAGACGGACUCGAAUGGAGUGAGCCACAGCCGACUAUUCUCCCAAACCCAAACGCAGGGAUUUGCUUUGAUGUGCUGCCGUCAGGCCGCGUGGUACUAGUGUACAAUCACUCCUCCAAAGUGGAUGCCCUCGGUCGGCGCGAUGGGCUAUAUGAUGAUAUCAGCGAUGGCACGGAUACGCGAAACAACCAGGCAAGCAAGCAUGGAAAGGAAGCCUUCUGGGGUGCUCCGAGAGCGCCGUUGAAUGUUGCGUGGAGUGAUGAUGAGGGCAAGUCGUGGACGUGGAAAACAUUGGAGGAGGGAGAUGGGUAUUGCUUGACGAACAACAGUGAGCAGAAGUUGAAUCGGGAGCUUUCGUAUCCGAGUAUUGUAACUGGAAGGGAUGGUGCUAUCCAUGUUGCGUUUACGUUUUGGAGACAGCGCAUUAAGUAUGUUCGUCUCGAGGAGGACUUUUUUCUUAGGAGAAGCCACCAGGUGUACAUGAAUAAAUACAACGCUCUACAGCAAUAUACAUGCUAG